GGGAAAGUGAUGUGCUGUUCUGUGAACAGGUGCUGCAGAGGCUGGUAAGAGCACCAUCAUGAAGCAGAUGAAGAUCCUGUAUCAUGGUGGAUUCAGUAAAGAAGAGCAGCUGGAGUUCAGGGCGGUGAUUUACAGGAACAUCCUGCAGUCGUCACUGUCCGUCACCAGCGGGAUGGAGCAACUACAGAUCAAAUAUGACUCUCCCACGGCAACCGAAGACGGGAAGAAGCUGCAGAAGCUGGCGGACACGGUGGAGGACGGGACGAUGCCCUCGGAGCUGGAGGAGAUCCUGAGGAGUUUGUGGAGAGACUCCGGGUUUCACGCUGCCAUAGAGAGAUCGGCGGAGUACCAGCUCUGCGACUCCACAGCUUAUUAUCUUGCCGACCUGGACCGGAUCUGUGCGGCCGAUUACAUCCCCAACGACCUGGACGUGCUUCACGCUCGCGUCAAGUCCACUGACGUGGUGGAGGAGCAGUUCACCUUCAGAGAUCUGAACUUCAGGAUGUUUGAUGCAGGUGGUCAGCGGCCUGAGAGGAAGAAGUGGAUCACCUGCUUUGAGGACGUUUCCUGCAUCAUCUUCUGCGCUGCCCUCAACUCCUACGACAUGGCACUGGUAGAGGACGAAGAGGUGAACCGGAUGCAUGAAAGCCUCCACCUGUUCAACAGCAUCUGCAACCACAAGUUCUUCGCCAGCACCUCCAUCGUCCUCUUCCUCAACAAGAAGGAUCUGUUCAAGGAGAAGAUCAGCAAAGUGCCGCUCAGCUCCUGCUUCCCCAACUACAGCGGUUCCAACACUUACGAAGACGCCACCAACUACAUCAAGCAGCAGUUCGAGGAACUAAACACUAAUAAAGGAGGAAAGCCCAUCUACACCCACCUGACCUGCGCAGUGGACACCAAGGACAUCGAGAGCACCUUCAACACUGUCACUGACAUCAUCGUCAAGAACCUGAAGGAGUGCGGACAGCUGUGA